AUGCAGCUCGUCUUUGCCGAUCAUCCGGUUCCCUCCACUGUUACCAAAUCAAUUUUCUUAGCGGGUCCAUCUCCGCGAGACAAAAGUGUCCUUGAUUGGCGUCAUGAAGCUCUCUCGUGUCUCUCCUCCUCACCAAUCAAUUACGAUGGAUCUGUUUUCAUUCCAGUUCCUGAGCAGCGUUUCUACGGCACAGAUCAUAAUCCUUCCACAUGGACCUACGACAAUCAAAUUUCAUGGGAAUGCGAAUGUCGUCACGUAGCUGAUUUGAUUGUCUUUUGGAUUCCUCGUCACAUCGACGGACAAAUGCCGGGAUUUACCACGAAUGUGGAGUUCGGUGAAGAUCUUCAUUCCGGCAAAAUUGUCUACGGUCGUCCUGAGAAUGCUGAAAAAUGUCAUUACUUAGAUAAACGUAUGAAAGAAUUGAAAUUACCCGUUUUUACUUCGUUAACAGAUACACUUCGUCAUGCUGUGUCUUUACUUGGCAUGGGAGCAUGCCGAAAAAAUGGCGAAGUUUACGUUCCACUAUUCAUCUGGGAAACAGAACAAUUCCAGUCAUGGUAUUCCAAUCUGAAACUAGCAGGAAAUCGUCUGGAGAAAGCAAAGCUAUUACACCAUGUCAAGUUGAAUAGUCAUAGACAAAUCUUCUCCUAUGUGCUGUGGGUCAAAAUUUGGAUUGAAGCAGAGAAGCGGUAUAAAGAAAAUGAAUUCGUCUUCGCUCGUAAAGAUAUCAGUACAGUUUUAGCUUAUUACAAAGAUAAUGACGAGGAUAUUAAGAUUGCUAUAGUCAAAGAGUUUCGUAGUCCUGUUAAUAACUCAGAUGGCUUUGUCUACGAGCUACCUGGUGGCAGCUCGUUUAGUCCGAACACGGAUCCACAACUCACUGCUAAACACGAACUAGAGGAAGAAUGUGGUAUAAUCAUUAAGGAUGUGUCACGUUUCAAGUAUGUUGGACAACGACAAUUGGCUGCUACAUUAUCCUCACAUCGAGCACAGCUCUAUAGUAUUGAGCUUACGAAAGGAGAAUAUGAGCAAAUGUUGAAGAACGAAAAAAGUGAGAGAGCAUUCGGAGUAGAUAUGGACAGUGAAAGAACUUAUUUGAAGAUGAUCAGUAUUUCACAGCUACAACAUAGUUGUCUCGAUUUUUCAAUGCUUGGAAUGAUCUAUCAUGCAUUGUAUUUGAAUAAUCAAGAUUAA